AUGGGGACCAUCUCGUUUCACCGACACGGCCGGCAGGUAGCCGCGCGUGGUCUUGCGCCAGAGCGCGCAGAGCAGCUUUUUCCAAAGCGCAGAGGGCGUGUGCCGUCCGUCCAAAGCGCAGCGCUCGAAGUCCCUCGAAACGGGCUUUCCCGAAGCUUCGAGCGGUGCACCUUUGAAUCGAUGAACCGGGCACACUCUACGCCCAGCAUAGCCUCAGAUUUGUCCUCCUCCCCCUCUCGUCGUCCACCGUUGGCUUCACCAACAAGGGAGAGACGGGUGCCAUGUCUGGAUGGUUUGUCCUCGCCCUUCACGGAGCUAAGUCUGGCCCGGCAAAAUGCCAUGCGCUUGCCGCCCUUGGAACGACUUCGGGAUGGCCGCUGGAGUGCGCCAGUAAGUCGUGAGGGUGAGGCCAUGGGCUCUCUGGAUGUGCCGGCGGCUCCCGCCUCAGCGCCGCCCAAGCGUAAGAAGCGCCAAGUCUCUACGGGAGGUCUACCUCACCGAACCUCCUCGGAUCGGCUGUCGCGAGGCUCACGUUGCUCCAGCUCCACAUCGGUGGGUUCGGACGAGGUCGUGAACAUGCAUCCACUGGCGAUACCCAUUGGCAGCUUUGGGUGGGUUCGAGGAAGUUCCAUUGGACAAGGGGCACAUGCCUGUGUCUUCAAAGCCCUGGAACGCUCGACGGGGCGCAUCUUUGCCGUGAAGCAAUCGCCUUGGGGUGGGGAGGCGGACGAGAAGUUCAGGGAACGCUUGGAAGAGGAACUGCGAAUUUGCAAGGACCUGAGGCAUCCCAACAUUGUGGCCUGCUUGGGGUUUGAAUGCAGCAGAGAUAGUUUUUACAUCUACUUGGAAUACGUACCAGGCGGUUCCAUGAGCACUUUAUUAAAAGAGUUCGGUCCCUUAGAGGGGCGGCUGCUCAAACAGUGCAGCGAAGGUGUCUUGGAGGGCCUGAACUACCUCCACACACGAGAUCCACCUGUGGUACAUCGAGACAUUAAGGGUGCAAACAUCCUAGUGGACCUCAGCUUCAACGUGAAAUUGAGCGACUUCGGAUGUUCCAAAAAGGAGGACCUCACAAAAUCUUUCACAACGAUAGGGUCAAUUCCAUGGAUGGCACCGGAGGUCAUUUUGCAACGUGAUGGAUAUGGGCGGAAGGCCGAUGUGUGGAGCUUUGGCUGUGCGGUCUUGGAGAUGGCCACGGCGGAGAAACCUUGGGGAAAGGAUGCCUUCGAGAACGUGAUGUAUGCCUUGAAGCAUAUCUCGAUGACGGAUGCCAUUCCUCCUAUCCCAGAAAUGGAUGAGGUGGAGAUCUUCAGCCCCUUGACCCGAACGGAGAACGGAAAUGAGAACAAGGUCUUCCUAGUGAAUGGAAAUGGAAACAAGGCGCUGAGUGAAGCUCAGGCCUGUGUCAUUUUGCAAAGAUGGUGGAAGCGACGCCGCGAAGCAGAACGAAUACAUUACGAAAGACUGGUUUUGGAACUCAUGGAUCUGCGAGAUGAGGCUGCCUUGCAGGUCCAGCGGAUCUGGAGGGCAAUCCUCAAGAAUCGUCGCAGAAGAGCUUUAGCGGGCAAUCUGGGCGGCACUCCUCAAUCAUGA